GUCGCGACACCCUGGCUUUCAUUCAGAAAGGGCUCUUUUUCGUAUCCACGUCAAGGGUUCCACUUGCAUCCUCGCUUGCUUUCUGACGUUAUCAAGUUCUCCGGCUGCUCUGUUUGGAACGCUCUCAUCAAUUGCUCACGUAUUCACUACAAUCCAAUCUCUCGAGUCUCCCUUGUGCACUCUCAGGCAUGAUCAUGGCUGAAGGUGAUAUGUCGAUAGAUGUCGCACCUCUCUGCUCGCAAUUCUAUGAGUAUCAUCCAUCUGCUCGCCAUGCAGAUGCAGAUAUGGAUGACGUUCGCUGGCAGUCCUCCCAGUCCGAUGACAUCCGGAAGCUACUCGACACUACGCGGCCCUCUACGAAAGGCAUACAGCGAACAGGGACCCUCAGCGAGCAGUAUCAUAAUCCCUUCUUACCGGCUCCGCCGCCGGUGUCAUCAUCGUCAUCCAGAUCGGCUCUUGCGAGGCGCCAUAACACACGCAAAUCCUUAUCUACGCGCACUGCAUCCCCGUCAACCACAUCUUCGUCGAGCUCGAUGGAAUCAAUGAACUCGAAUGCCUACCUGAAGAAACGUGCGAUGGAGAAACAAGCAGAGAAGAGCUGGGAGGACGGUGUCGUCGCAGAACCUUCACGCGUGGCUUCUACGCAUCUUCACUCGGCUGAAGACGGACAAUCUCCACAGCAAACCUCCCUUGCUGCCCCUUCGGUGGAUUUCAGCAGGCGUCAUGAUGCACACGAAUACGAUGUCACGCUCCGUUAUCAACGUGCAGAUGCUUUCCAAGGAGACCAAGGAGACAUAAGUGUCCAGAUGCAAGAUGUGGAAGUGCCCGGAUUUAUCAAUGGCUCUCCGACUCAGAAGGAUGAGCCACUAUCCACGCGUUCCUCGACCUCUUUCACGACUGCUGUUACUCACUUGAGCAAUGCGUCUAAGCUACCGACCGAGCGUAGACGCUCAUACGGCUCGCAUCCUCUCUCAAGCAGCCGAAGCGUAACACAGCAGCCAACCCGCUCUUCCUCUGCGAUUUCUUCUGCACCUGACGGGAGACCAUCUGUACAGACUCCCAUCACUCCUCCCGCCGAGUCAGCACCGGCACCAGCACCAUACACCAGGCUCAAGUCCGUGCAGUCCACGCCAGUAGCAACAGCAAUCCCGGACCGACCACCCUCCUCUCUCCGUCCUUCCCAAUCCGUAGGCACUCAUAUGCGUGCGCUUGGGAUGCGGCCAAUCAGCUACACAGCGUAUUCCAGCUCUCAGUACGCCCCGC